UGCUAAAGACUGUCGUUCGUGUUGUGCUUUAAACAAACGCUAAAUCCUUAGCAUUAAACGCUGGAAUGACACGUUCUACCAGAGACGAAAGUUUGGUUAUUUGUUCACCGUCGUGUUGUUAAUGUUGUUGCAAAAGCAGGCACGACUUUGUUUCUCUGUGCAGCAUAAAACGUAUUAUUUAUAUCUUUAAGCAUGAUAUUUUUGUUCAACAGUCAAAAUUUCGGUGGCUGUUGUCUUCCGUGGUGUGGAUUGAAAAGUUGUGUUUCAGAAAGGUUUGGGACAACGGGAGCGUGAGUAAACGGACAGAAUAUUUCUGUUUGGUUGAGCUGUUUCUCUUCAAUUGUGUUGGUUGGAAAAAAAAACACUGUAACAAAAAAAACUGUUAACUGUAAAUUACUAAAACAUAAAUUGAUGUUCCCAUAAUUUCAAAUUUUGUUUUUUAUGUGAUAUCUUUAAAAUCGCUGUUUCUCUCAUCAGUUAUGUUCAUUAGGGUUACAUUUAAUUAGGGAUGGAUAUCGAAAUCCAGUAACCGGUAUGUACCGAACUGAAUCAGAACACAGAUUUUGUCCUUUUUGGGGAAAUUUGUUUAUUAUUGUUUUUAUGUUUAUGCAAGAAUCGGUUCAGGCACCAGCCCUAGCCCUACAUUUAAUGUUGCUAAAGUAAUGUUUUUUUUAGAUAUUUCGGUUUAAUAUUUCACCAUGAUGGUGUUUAGUUAUGUUAUGUUUAUAUUUAAAAGCUUGUGAUGGGCUUUGGUUGAUCACGUGACUUGGUGGUUAUCAGUGUAUUUCAAAUGCACAAAAUAGAUUUUAGUACUGUUUUAGUGUAUUGAUAAUAUAUCAGCUAAUGAAAUUACAGUAUUUAACCGUAAAUUAAACUUAAAAUAGGGCUGAGCGAUACUUAUUGUCAUCUUCACUGACAAGAUGCGCAUUACAUAUCGCACAAUGAUUAUCAUGCAGCCCUAAGCUAAAACGUUGUUACCGUAUUAUUUAAGGUAGAAUCCCAGCAACCACAGCUGCUAUUUUUUCACCAUACAUUUUACCUUUUUUUACCUUUACAUUUUUAGUCUUUUAUUGUCUCUUAACCUGCCGGGGUGAAGUGGUUACGCCGGUAGUGAUACUGUGUAAGUGCUAUUAUUAUGGCUAAUGUAAGCGUAAUAGGAUCCGUGGCCGUGUGCAGACUUCUCCAGGCUUGUCUGCGUGAGUAAGGUCACAGCAUUGCUGAAAUCUGCUACAGGCUUCGGCAUGUAAGUCUGACUGUACCAUUGAUAGCGCGGCCCAGCUGCCAUCUGUGUGGAUUUUUAAAGGUGCUUUGAGUCAUGUGUGUUUACUAUUACGCUUUUUAUUAGUUCGCCAAAAAAAGAAAAACGUUUAUGGUUUAUGAUGAUCUCAACUAAGAGAAUACAGAUAUCUUAUUGUGGCAAUUGUAGUUGACAGCCAAUACUGGUUUAUCAGUGCCGGCAUGGCCAAUAUAUACUCACAAAUAUUCACAAAAAAUAUACUUUUUUAUACAAUUAUACUUUUUUUUUUUUUUGAAAAUUAAUUUUUCUAUUACACAUACUGAAGCCACUAAUUCUCCAACCCCAUAUCUGCCUGGGGACUUGCAAACAGUUCAUACAUUUAUGAGUUGUUUUAUAUAUAUUAUUAAUUAUUCAGCAUCUCUAGUCUGAAUAAUUCUCAAGUUUUCAGCUGUUUUAGAUGGUUUUACAAAUUACAAAAACACCCUUUGAAGCCGUUUAAGAGCAAAUAUUGAAUGUUGUCAAACAACUGAAAUUUAUUUGAAUACAUAAGAUAUUUCAGCUGUAUUGCCAUUGCUGGAAAAAAUAAAAGGUUAUCCGCUUAAAUCUUAACUACCCCCCCACCCACAUUUUUGUUGGCGUAUUACUGCAGCUCAGUUUUUUUUCUGCUCGUCUUCCAGCGAACAUCAGCACUCUCUGUGGUCUCUAAAUAAUCUUGUUCCUAGUCUUUGAGUAGUUUUUGCAUUUGAGCGGAGCGUCAAAACGUGACCCGCCAAACCAUGCCUUAAGCGUUCAAACAGACCCUACGUUUGUAACCGAACCUAAAAAUAGACGGUUUCAAUUGCGGGGCUUUAGUCGGUUUGGAUGAGUGUGAAGGGGAUUUUAGAGCCCCUGCGCUUCGGCGGCACAAUCUCCUCCUGCCCAUAAUCAAGUGCACAAACCACUGGACGAUCGUUUCAUGACAUGCCGGAUGGAGGAAUAGGCCUGGAUGCCAGGUUACUCCAUCCCCGCACCAGAGUACUAUGCUGAAAAUCAUCUCGGUGGUGGUCUGUUUGUGAACAGACAAAUCGUGGGCAUAUGCGUGCGUGUAUGCGUGAUGGUGGAUGGGUGAUAAUGGGCGCAGGCUAAGCCAGCAGCGGCAGAGGGAUUACAGAGAAACGGGCCAGGGUGCAUCCAUGAUCUGUCACGGCUUAGUACCACAAUUAUCCCCCCUCACAGCGUUUUCAUUAGACUAAUGUUUGAGAUCCUCAGAAUUAUGUAAGAGUGACGCUCUGCCCAACGUGGUCGUUGUUUUUCUCUCUCUCUCUCUCUCUCUCUCUUUUUGCUCUCCUUGUCCUACGAGGAGAACGAAAUGGGCAUCUGUGAGAUUCGCUCCUGCAGAUGAAAAUGAAAAAUCGCCGCUUUCAGUGAGACCGUGCUCAGCUUUGUCAGUGAUGUGGCGGCGUUAUUAGUUGGUAAGCGGUGAGGUUGAGCGCGGCUGAGAGCCUCCGGAGAUCUGAGGAACGGAGAAGAACCGGAGAACUUUUAAAAUGAAGUACAAGAAAUUCAUCACCAUCAUGCAAGCGGCGGUCGGGAUCGCGCCGCUCAACAAGCGCGAGCUGCUGCCACCCGGCCGGAGGCUGUGGAGACCCUCGGGUGACCAGUCCAACCAAAUCGAGUUAUUCCGGUCACGCCGUUCCAAAAGGCUUUCCUUGACCCACGAAGCUCAGUAUUUGUGUCUGCGACGUCUCUCUGCUCCCAGCUACCCGGCCCUUUUACAGAACCCAGUCAUGGAGGAGACGGUGUGGGAGCAGUACACUGUGACCCUGCAGCGGGACUCCAAGAUGGGCUUUGGCAUUGCUGUGUCUGGAGGGAGGGAUAACCCGAAUGAAGAAAGUGGAGAAGCUUCGAUUGUCGUGUCUGAUGUGCUGCAAGGGGGUCCUGCAGAUGGCUUGCUUUUUGAAAACGACCGAGUGAUCCAGGUCAACAAUGUGCCCAUGGACGGGGUGCAGCACACCUUCGCAGUGCAGACUCUCCGCAAAUGCGGCAAAGUAGCCAAAAUCACGGUAAAGAGAUCAAGAAAAAUUCCCGUCAGCAUGAUGAAACGCGCGGCGUCCCCAGACGACCGCGUCUUCAGCGGCGACUACAACGACGACUACGACCACGACCGCCGCAGCAGCGUCUACAGCGGCCGCAGCUACCCCGAGCGCGACGCCAGUCUGGAGCGCGAGCGUGACUACGACCGCAGCCGCGGCAGGAGCCUGGAGCGCGGCGUGAGCCCCGACAGACAGUACAGACGGGACGGCAGCCGCGGCCGAACGCUGGACCACGAGCGCAGCCCCGAGCGCCGCUACCGGAGCGAACACAACCUGGAUCGAGACCACAGUCCGGAUCGCCGCUACCGGAGCGAGCGCAUGCUGGACCGCAACUACAGCCCCGACCGACGCUACCGCAGCGAACACGACCUGGACCGAGAGCGGAGUCCGGACAGACAGUACCGCAGCGACCGGACGCUGGACAGAUCGCACAGUCCUGACGCUCGCUACAGGCCGGAACCGGCGCCGGGAUACAGCAGAGAGAAUUUAGCCAGCGACCUCGAGCGCAGGAGGUUCGACCCGCGGAAGGACGAAGCCAUGAGGAGGAGCGGCAGUCGAGACCGGCUGGAUCACUCGCCCUCGCCUCCACAACGACACAAUCCUCUGGAGAAGCCACUCAGCGUUACUCUACUGAAGAACCGGCCUAAUGAUGAGUAUGGCCUUCGUCUUGGCAGUCAGCUGUUCAUCAAAGAGAUGACGAGCACUGGCCUGGCGUCCAAAGAAGGCAAACUACAGGAAGGCGACAUUAUUCUGAAAAUCAACGGGACGGUCACAGAGAAUCUGUCUCUGAGCGACGCAGGGAAGCUGAUUGAGAAGUCUCGUGGGAAGCUGCAGCUGGUGGUGCAGAGAGAUCGCAGUCAGGUGCUCAUCAGAGUCCCACCAAUGGCAGACAGCGACUCGGAAAUGGAUGAUAUCUCCGAGAUCGAGUCGUACCGCUCCUAUUCUCCUCAAGAGGAUCGGCGGAGUCAUCACUCAGACCUCUCCUCACACUCUUCUAAUGAGAGACUGCAGGACAAACAAAGAGAUGAGCCUCCUAACAGGCUGGCUAAAAUGGGAGCGAUGCCGACUCCGUUCAGAGCGGCGCCGGUGGAUCUCCCGCCUCCGCCCAUAGAGAAGGAAGAACCUCGCAGCGAGUCUCCAGUUCCUGUGGUAAAUGCUGCUCCAAAAAGUGUUCCAGUAAAAGCCAAGCCUCUGCCAAAGGUCCCCCUGCAGCCCAGUCUGGAGGAGCAGGAGAUAUACGGCCCCAACACUGUGAUGGUGCGCUUCCAGAAGGGCGAUAGCGUUGGCCUGCGUCUCGCCGGAGGGAACGACGUGGGCAUUUUUAUCGCAGGCGUUCAGGAGGACAGUCCUGCGGACGUCGAGGGACUCCGCACCGGAGACCAGAUCGUGAAGGUGAAUAAUAUGGAUUUCAGAGGAAUGGUUCGGGAAGAUGCUGUCCUGUAUUUACUAGAGAUUCCUAAAGGAGAGGACGUGACCAUCUUGGCUCAAAGCAAGCCUGAUGUUUACAAAGACAUCCUGGCGUCUGGACGAGGCGAUAGCUUCUUCAUCAGAACUCAUUUCGAAUAUGAGAAAGAGCUUCCUCAGAGCUUGACCUUCUCCAGAGGAGAGAUAUUUAAAGUGGUGGACACUCUCUAUGAUGGAAAGCUGGGUAACUGGCUCGCCAUCCGCAUGGACAAAGACAACCAGCUCCUGGAGAAAGGAAUCAUCCCCAGCAAGAGCAGAGCGGAGCAGAUGGCAAAUGUUCAGAGCGCACAGAAAGGCGCUGCCAAUGACCGAGGUGAUUUCUGGAGGCUGAGAGGUCAAAGAGCUGCCAAGAAGAAAGACCUCCGUAAGAGCAGAGAGGAUCUGAGCGCUGCCCCCGUCACUACACGCUUCCCAGCCUACGAGAGAGUGGUGCUGCGGGAAGCUGGGUUCAGAAGACCUGUCGUAAUAUUCGGACCCAUUUCAGACGCAGCCAAUGAAAAACUGAGCAAUGAUCUUCCAGAUGAGUUUGUCACAGCUAAGACCGAACCUAAAGAUGCGGGCUCAGAGAAGUCGUCUGGCGUUGUGAGACUCAAUACCAUUCGUCAGAUCAUUGAGCAGGACCGACAUGCUUUGCUUGACGUCACUCCAAAGGCUGUGGACACCCUAAACUACACCCAGUGGUAUCCCAUCGUCAUUUUCCUCAACCCAGACAGCAAGCAGGGGGUGAAGACCAUGAGAAACCGCCUGGUUCCCAGCUCUAACCGCAGCUCACGCAAGCUUUACGAACAAGCCGUUAAACUGAGGAAGACCUGCUCACACCUGUUCACUGCUACCGUUGAUCUGAACGCUUCCCAUGACGCCUGGUAUGGAAGUCUCAAGGAUGCAAUACGAGAACAACAAGAUAAAGCUGUCUGGGUCUGUGAAAGCAAGCUGGAUGGGUCUGAGGAGGACUUGGAUCUCCACGAUGACCGCAUGUCAUACCUGUCAGCCAUGAGCGCAGACUACCUGAGCAUGGACAGCCGUCUGACCAGCGAUUACGAGGACACCGCGGAUGAGGGCGGAGCCUACACCGAUAACGAGCUGGACGAGUCCACUGACGAGCCACAGCCCAUGUCAGCCAUCAGCCGCUCGUCUGAGCCUGUUAGUGAGGAUAGACCCAUACCUGUUCCUCACGAGCGUUUAAAGAAGCCUACGAGUAAAGAGGUGCAUCGGGACCCCAGCCCGCCUCCAUCAUUUGUCCCCGAGCCCCCGAAGGUCCGGGCAGCUUCACGUCCCGCAGACUCCAGGAGCUUCGACUCUCGCUCCAGCAGCACGGUCAGCAGUGAUGCCCCGGUCAGCGGCAGGCCUCUUCCUCCGCCCGUCGCCCAGAAGCCCAGCUUCACCCUGAGGACAGGCCCGGCAGACGACACCACGUCCGACGACCCCCUCGAUGACCCCGCCAACCGCACCUUCAGGGGGAAGGUGAAGGCCUUCGAGCAGAUGGAUCACCUGGCCCGGGCCAAAAGGAUGCUGGAGCUGCAGGAGGCGGAGCAAGCGCGGCUGGAAAUAUCUCAGAAGCAUCCAGAUAUUUAUGCAGUCCCCCACAAGCCAAAACCAAACCAAAACAGGCCUCAACCGAUUGGCUCCAGCUCAAACUCUGAGUCCCAGAGCUCCUCCAAAGAGAGCCGCUCUCACCACCGCGCCGAUGAUGAUGAUGAAGAGGAGUACCGCCGGCAGCUGGCUGACCAGACCCGCAGGGGCUACUACAACCCCCAGAAAUACAACGACACUGAGCUCUAACACAAACCAGCGUGUGAGAGGGACAGAAACACACAUGCAGUAUAAACGCGGCAUUCAUAAAACAGCAUCUUUUUAUACCCGCUAUGUUUUUAUAUGGAAUUUCAGUGUAUACUUCUUGUCUGCAUGUAGUUUCUUUUUUUUUUUCUUUCAGACUGUUUGUACGUCUUUUGGUUUUUAUUUUUUCCCACAAUGCCAUGUUAUCCGCUUCUGCUGAACGCUGUUGGAUGGAGGUAACGUUACACUCUCCUCCUUUACACUGCUGAAGUUUGCCGAGAACCGAACGUGAAAGUGGGUUAAACGUUAUUCUUCCAGUACAUCUGCUGAAGUGCCUUAAUGUCAUCGAUCAGUCCUGUGUCAACUUAAAGCUUAGCGCAUGCUCGCUGCAUUACUGUGAUGAAAUCACGUCACGUCGCUUCUGAGAUCAUGUGUAUCGUUCACGGUGUGUGUCUGAUCGGUGCUUUAGGUUGAUCCUCUAAUAUAACAGAGUUGUGGGAUUUUUCAAUUUUAAAGACUAAUAAAUAAACUUUUAAUGUUGUUA